CAGCCAUUGUCCGAUCGUCAAUAUCAUGUUAUUGAGGAAGACGUGAGAUUCAGUCAGAAGCAAACGUGAAUAUAGAAGUUAUUUCUUUAUUGAGCUCGGUUCAACGCACAACUCCAAGAUGCGCAAAACAUCGAACUUUGACUCUGGCGUACCAGCGUUCCUUGCCAAGCUUUGGAAGAUGGUUGAGGAUCCUAAUAACAACGACCUUAUUUCCUGGUCACCCAGUGGAAAUACCUUUCUUAUUAAAAAUCAUUCGGAAUUUACAAUCAAAGUAUUACCAUAUUACUAUAAACAUAGUAAUAUGGCCAGUUUUAUACGACAGCUGAAUAUGUAUGGAUUUCACAAGGUAGCAUCUGUAGAAUUGGGCGGCCUAAAAUGUGAUAAAGAUGAAAUAGAGUUUGCGCAUCGGUACUUUUGUAAAGAUUCUCCUCAUUUAGUGGAAAAUAUUAAAAGAAAAGUUACAGCUAACAAAAAUCAAGAUUUACUGCAGUCUCCUUUUACACCAGAAGCAAUGAAUAGGGUAUUAAUUGAAAUAAGAGAAAUGAAGGAAUAUCAAAAAACUAUAACUGAGACUUUAAAUGAAAUGAAAUCGGAAAAUUCAACAAUAUGGACAGAAGUAAUGAGAUUGAAUCAAAAAUAUUUGCAACAGCAAGAAAUUAUUAAUAGAUUAAUUCGAUUAGUUCUUCUUGCUCUUGUACAACCAUCGAGGAGUGGACUAUCUGUUAAAAGACCAUGUCCAUUAAUGAUACGUGAUUUACAAUCAACUUCACAUAAACGAUUUAAAUUGUCUAAGUCGCGAGAGUCUCCUACAGGAGCAGUAAUUCAUGAACUUGAUGAAUCGGAACCUGAUGUGGAUUCAGACUACUUAACCAAUUGUUUUAGAAUAUUGAAAAAUGAAAAUCUAACCGUUCAAAGUCCACAAGAACAUAUUGAUGAAAUGCUGACAGAUAAGGGUAAUGUGGAAAUUAUAUAUACACCUGAAAAUACCGUUCAGAAUCCUAAGAUUAAGACAAAGAGGAAACUUGUUCGCAAAGACAAAAAGAACAGGAAAAACAAGGUGCCUGUCAAAAUUAUCAUUCCACCAUUGGAAAACGGAAAAGAAUCAACAAGAGAAAUAUUGCUGCAUAUGCCUGAAAUAUCUACCAAUGAAAACGAGCCUGUGAGUUUAUUGAAAAAUGAUUCCAUCGGUUCUAAUGAUGUGGAUUCAGUUGAUUUGGAGAAUUAUGGACUUACUAUGGAAGUUUCGGAUAACAAUCCAUCGAUAGUGAAAUCAGAAAAUAUAAUUACUCCGGAAAUAUUAAUUUCCUCGGAAAUGCUCUAUAAUAAUAAUAUUCAAAAUAAUAUUGAGAAUGAAGAAGACAGCAGUAGCAAUCCUAAUAACAUGUAUAACAGGUUUAGUAAAAAAAUCGAUAGCGGAAGAGGUCCUAUUUUAGUGACAAAUAUCAAUGAGCAAUAUAAUGAAAAUAGAAUAGUACAAUCACAAAAAGAAGAUAAUAGUUAUGACACAGCAAACGCAAGUUCAUCAAAGGAUUUAUUUGUGAGCCGUGUUAAUUCCUCUGGAAUGACUGAAGCUAAUUACAGAUUAGAACCAACGGAAGAACUAAACAAUCAAGUAGAAACAACACAGAGCAAUUUGGACAAUUUCCGUGACGUAUUGCUGAGUGAAAAUUGCAAUUUGGACGCUAAUACUUUACUUGAUAUAUUUAAUACUGAUGAUCCGAUGACGUUUGGAUUGUCACUUAAUUCAGAAUUGAAUCCAUAUUAUGGGAGAGAAGAGGAAGAUAUUUCAGAUUCUGUCAACGGAUCUGCUGGUGGUGAACUUAUGACAUAUUCACCAUUAGAAUUAGACGACGUGUUUAUGGGAAUUGGUCCAAAUUUAUCAGAUUUACAGAUGAAUGGUUAUACACAUUCUACGAGGGAUUAUGAGGAUAAGAAAUUUCAUGAUGUUCUGAUAGUCAAUAAUACGAAUUCAGUAUCGUAA